GGUAUGGGAAUGCGACGCAUGCUCAAGCGGCAACCAUUUGAGGUUUACCUUUUCAGUGAAUACCAGACGUCUUCGUGCUGUCGCGACUGCGGCGACCCGUUGAAAAAAUUCAAGAGGAUGAAGGAUCCGCCGUGCCGUAUUACAAUUGCGCCACAGGCGUUAUACUAUGCUCUAUUAAGAUUACCGAUCAAGAAAUAA